AUGGCCUCUGCAAGGACACCCCCCAAGAGCCUGUACACGGCCUCCUUUGCCUUCUUCGAUGCGAUGUGGGAUGCUGGCAUCACCCACUGCUUCGUCAACCUCGGCUCCGACCACCCGUCCAUCAUGGAGGCCAUGGUCAAGGGCGCCCGCGAGAGGAAAGGGAGAUUCCCUCGCAUCAUCACAUGUCCAAACGAGAUGGUCGCCAUGUCCAUGGCCGACGGCUAUGCCCGCCUCACCAACAAGCCCCAGUGCGUCCUCAUCCACGUCGAUGUCGGCACCCAGGGCCUCGGUGCUGCCGUCCACAAUGCCAGCUGCGGCCGCGCGCCGGUCCUCGUCUUUGCUGGCCUCAGCCCUUUCACUCUUGAGGGAGAGAUGCGCGGGUCCCGCACAGAAUACAUCCACUGGAUCCAGGACGUCCCCGACCAGAAGCAGAUCAUUGCGCAGUACUGCCGUUACUCGGCAGAGAUCAAGACGGGCAAGAACAUCAAGCAGAUGGUCAACCGGGCGUUGCAGUUUGCCAUGAGCGAGCCUCGAGGUCCCGUCCAGCUCGUCGGAGCCAGAGAAGUCAUGGAGGAGGAAAUCGUGCCGUAUGAGCUGGACCAGAGCGAGUGGCAGCCUGUCGAGCUGGGAGGCUUACCCCGGUCGGCAGCCACCAAGAUCGCGGAAGCACUUGUCGGCGCAACCAAGCCCCUAAUCAUCACGGGCUACAGCGGCCGCAACCACGCCGUACCAGGCGCUCUCGUCAAACUUGCAGACACCGUCAAAGGCCUGCGAGUUCUCGACACGGGCGGUAGCGACAUGUGUUUCCCAGCGUCGCACCCGGGCUGGCUGGGCCUCCGCUUCGGCAACGACCCGGCGAUCGAGGAGGCCGACGUCAUUGUCAUCAUCGACUGCGACGUGCCGUGGAUCCCAACAGUCUGCAGACCCAAGAAAGAGACCUUAAUCUUCCACAUCGACGUCGACCCGUUGAAGCAGCAGAUGCCUCUCUUCUACGUGCCUGCUAAGCACCGGUACCGCGCCGACAGCCUGACCUCGAUUGAGCAGAUCACCACUGCAGCGGCGGCGGUGGCGGCGGCGGCCUCCCAGAGGUCUUCUGAUGCCGCCAACGAGCGCUGGGAGGCCCUAAAGACAGCUCACGCCGAGCGCCUGCGUACCAUCGAAGCCAAAGCCGCGCCCGCACAGGACGGGUCAUUCAGCACGGAACAUCUCUGCAAGACGCUGCGCACAAUUUGUCCCGAGGACACCAUCUGGGCCGUCGAGGCCGUUACCAACACCUUCGCUGUGCACGACAACAUCCGGCCCGAGACGCCCGGGUCGUGGAUCAACUGCGGCGGCGGCGGUCUGGGUUGGUCCGGCGGUGGUGCGAUGGGCAUCAAGCUCGCCGCGGACGCGGAAGCGGGUGUUGGCACUGACGGAGGCAGGAAACCCCGGCUCGUGGUGCAGAUUGUGGGCGACGGCACAUUUUUGUUCUCCGUCCCGGGCAGCGUCUACUGGAUCGCCAAGAGAUAUGGUAUCCCGGUGUUGACAAUCGUGCUGAACAACAAAGGCUGGAACGCUCCCCGCCGCUCCCUCCUCCUCGUCCACCCAGACGGCGAAGGCUCCAGGGUCUCCAACGAGGAGCUCAACAUCUCCUUCGACCCUUCGCCCGACUACUCGGGCAUCGCCAAGGCCGCGGCGGGCGGGGACCUGUACGCCGCGCGCACGGACACGGCCGGGCCGGAGAACCUGGAGCGCGUGAUCCGCGAGGCUAUCGAUUCGGUGCUGGUGAAAGGGCAGAGCGCCGUGCUGGACUGCAAGGUGUCUGUGCCAUAG